AUGCAACAAGAUAUUGACUGGAGUAAAAAUGAAGAUGCCAUGAAAAUGGCGAUUGCUCGCACUAAUCGUUUCCUCGAUAAGAUAUACGAAGGUGGAGGCAAGAAACGACUAGAGAAACUGCGGGAGAGCGGGAAGCUUUCGGCUCGCGAGCGCAUUGAAUAUCUAUUGGACAAAGGCGCGCAUAGAAUAGAAAUAGGCGCAUUUGCCGGUCAUGAGAUGUACGAAGCCGAGGGCGGUUGUCCAUCGGGUGGGGUAGUAGUGGUGAUGGGUUAUGUAUCGAAGCGGCUCUGCCUUGUAGUUGCCAACGAUGCCACAGUGAAAGCGGGUGCUUGGUUUCCUAUAACUGCCAAGAAAAACCUUCGCGCCCAAGAGAUCGCCAUGGAAAAUCGCAUACCCAUAAUAUAUUUGGUGGAUAGUGCCGGCGUGUAUCUGCCCAUGCAAGACGAAAUUUUUCCGGAUAAAGAGCAUUUUGGGCGCAUUUUUCGCAACAAUGCCAAGAUGAGCAGUAUGGGAAUACCCCAAAUAGCCGCUAUUAUGGGCAGUUGCGUAGCUGGUGGGGCGUAUCUGCCUAUUAUGAGCGAUGAGGCUUUGAUAGUGGAAGGCACGGGGUCGGUGUUUUUGGCUGGUCCGUACCUAGUGAAGGCAGCCAUUGGCGAAACCGUUGACCAAGAAACGCUAGGAGGUGCUGCCACACAUUGCGAAAUAUCGGGUGUGACCGACUAUAAGAUGCUCAACGACAAAAAAUGCCUAGAGACCAUUCGGGAUUUGAUGGAUAAGAUUGGGCGACCCGAUACCGCCGGGUUUGAUAGGGUAGAGGUGGUACCGCCUUUGCAGCCCAACGAGCAUGUCCUUGGGCUUUUCCCCGAAAAUGCUGCCAAACCUUAUGAAAGUUUGAAAUUGAUCGAGCAAUUGGUGGACGGCGGCAAACUCACUCAAUACAAAGAAGAUUAUGGGAAAACCAUUAUCUGCGCUUAUGCGCGUAUAGAUGGUUGGGCGGUGGGCAUCGUGGCAAAUAAUCGCCAGCUCAUCAAAUCGGGCAAAGGAGAAAUACAGUUUGGCGGCGUUAUUUACUCCGAUUCUGCCGACAAAGCCACGCGGUUUAUCCUCAACUGCAACCAAAAGAAGAUUCCUUUGGUGUUUUUGCACGAUGUUACCGGAUUUAUGGUGGGCACGAGAUCGGAGCACGGCGGUAUCAUAAAAGACGGCGCCAAAAUGGUCAAUGCUGUGAGCAAUAGUACCGUGCCGAAAUUUAGCAUCGUCAUCGGUAACUCCUAUGGUGCCGGCAACUAUGCCAUGUGUGGUAAGGCUUACGAUCCGCGUCUCAUAGUGGCUUGGCCUACUGCCAAACUUGCAGUAAUGGGAGGCGAACAGGCUGCCAAGGUGCUCGCACAAAUACAGAUAGCAUCCCUCAAAGCGAAGGGUCAGGAGCCUAACCAAGAAGAAGAAAAAGAGCUAUUUUUGAAGAUAAAGCAGCGAUAUGACCACCAGACUUCACCUUAUUACGCUGCAGCACGCCUCUGGACGGAUGCGGUAAUUGAUCCUCGCGAUACGCGCAAGUGGAUAAGUAUGGGUAUCGAAGCUGCCAACCAUGCACCGGUGGAGAAAUUUAAUGUAGGUGUCAUACAGGCAUAA